CAGAUAUGAAGCAGACAGUCUACUAAUACUCUUAUGAGAGUUUGUUGACAUGUAGUUGCAACAUUACUUAGUGUCAACAGAAUGUUCAAAAGGGACCAUCAAAAUAAAGUGUUACCCAUUUAUUGCUUGAAGCAGAUUCUUAUCACAUUAUAGUCCUCCACGUCCGCUGCGUUCUCAAAACUCUGGCCGUUUGAUAAUACCUAGAAUAUCAAAAUCAACUGCUGUCUAUGAUGUCUACAGCCCUGAUCGUCAGCGGAGAGCCCCUGAGACAUAAAUUUAAAUAAUAAUAAACAAACUAAUAUAUAUAUAUUAUAAAAAUACACCAAGAAACAAUAAAUGCAUUAAACUCCUCUGUAUCGGCCCAUCAGUUGCAAAGCCAACAAGCCACAAGCUCAAAAUGUCUUCAGAGAUGUCCUGCACAACAAGACUUUUUAACAGGACGUCACAGAUGACUGCAGCAGUGCAUGACUCCAGAUCAACAAGAUGAAAGAAGUAGAUCUCACCUUCAUAGGGAACUCUAAUGUAGAGGAUCAGGCAUGUUUUAUUAGACACAGAUGCGCUCUCAUUAGUGAGAAUACUGAAUUUUUCAGAUAACUUUUUGAUGAAGAACACUAACUGAGCUGCUAUUUCUUUUUUUUCUUCAAUAGACAUGAGCAUAUUACGACAAACCUUGUCAGAUUGAAGCAGGUUUAUGCCACUGAGUUGUUGCAGUUCUACGAGCUGCGGCUGGAUUUUAACUGAGAGUUGAACUGGCGUGAUGCUUUGGACCUGGAGGGUCUCCUGACAGAGGAGGAGAUCAAGAUUCGGGAUUCCUUUCGCACCUACUGCCAGGAGAAACUCAUGCCACGCAUCCUGAUGGCCAACAGAAACGAAGUAGUUUUUCAUCGUGAGAUUGUGUCUGAGAUGGGAGAACUUGGUGUUUUGGGACCCACCAUUAAAGCAAUUUUUCACGGACUGAAGAAAAACAAUGGAACAUCAGCAUGCUGAGUUUGUGAACACACACUACGAGGCUCUCAUUCAGAGAGUUACAUCUGUGAUGCCAAUCGCUGAUAAGCUGUAUGAAAACAAAAAGCUUACCUGGGAAGUGUAUUCGAAGAUCACAAUGGCUUCUAAAAAGACUCAAAUGAGAGAGCUUCUAGACGCUGUCAAAUCUGGAGGACCUGCAGUAAAAUCUGCUUUUUACGAAGUCCUGCAAGAAGUUAAGCCUGAUGUCAUUCAAGAACUUGAAGGGUCAUCCUCACAGACAGACCAUGAAAAACAGGUAACUGAGUCUCACCGUCAAAAAGUAGAAACAGAAAAGGAGCAAGCUAAGACAGACAGACUUAAAAACAAUAUCAUCAGGUGGAACCGAUCCUCAAUAAAGCACAGAAGUAAAAUAGAGGAGCUCCAGAAAGAUUCUACUAGGAAGCAAGUUGGGAACCUCUACUUUUCUAAAAGUGAUGAAUACAAUAUUGGCUCUGGAGGAACUGGCAAAGUGUUUAUUGGCCUGAAGGAAGACGGCACUGAGGUGGCCAUUAAACGAAUACUCAAGGACCAACAGAAAAGCAAAUGCUUUGAAAAUGAAUUAAAACAUCUGCAAGAUUUAAAUCUUGAGAGUAAGAACGUUGUCAGGUAUGUGGACUUAGCAGAAGAUGAAGACUUCUAUUAUCUUGCGCUACAGCUUUGUGAAUAUGAUAUGGAGGAUUACAUGGAAAUUCUUCGUCAGGAAAAACAACAAGACAAAGCUUUGAGGAAAAUAGUGAAGGAGAUUCUUCUUGGCCUUCAAGUUCUUCACCGUGCUGAAGUGAUACAUCGCGAUAUAAAGCCAGGAAAUGUUUUGAUAGAUUCAGGAAAAAAUGCAAGGCUGGCUGACUUUGGUAUAAGUCGCAAACUGGAGGAUGGCAGAAGCACAGUGCAUACUGCUAGAGCUGGUACACGAGGCUGGGAAGCUACGGAGAUCCUGAAUCAAGAAAAUAGGCCUAAACGUUACAAGAUGAGCUCAGACAUACAGGUUGCUGGGAUGUUGGUGUACUACAUCCUCUCUGAUGGGAAACAUCCUUUUGGGGACACAGAGGAUCGUGAGGAGAACAUCAAGAAAGGGCAGCACUCUCUUGAAGAUUUAAAAGAUACAGUAGCAAAGGAUCUCAUUGAAUGGAUGAUCAACAAAGAACCGGGAAAAAGACUGAUCAUUGAUGAGGUCCUAAAACACCCUUAUUUCUGGAAUGAAACAAGAAAAGAGGAAGUGCUUAGGAAAGUGGGUGAUCGACAUGAAGUCCAGUGCUAUAUUGAUAUUUUAGCAGCUUGUAAAAUUAGGAAAGCUGAAGAAGGUCUAACAGCAAUAGAAGCCAUCGAAAGAGCCUUCAUCAAUAAAAAGGACAAGCUUGGACAAGAAAGGAAAGCGAAAGUCCUUGGGAUGCUGGGAGAGACAGAGGAAGUCCAGAACCAAAACUUUGAAAAGCUUCAAAAGCUUUGUGACUAUGCAGAGAACUAUACACAAGGCAAAACAUUCAGUAAAUGGAAAUCAGUGCUUUCAGAAAAACUGCCAAAUAUUGACAAUGCUUGUCCGGAGGACUUACUUGGCCUGCUGCGUACUUACCGCAACAAAUGGUCACAUGCUUUCAGAAUCGAUGAUAAGGUGUUCACCAGUUUUCCAGAUUUCUACAUCAGCUUAUACAGAUUGGCUAAAGACAUGGGCUGGGACUGCACCUGGUCUUAAGAUGAGCGAGGAGAACAUCAGCACCCUGUUGUGAGUGGGGUGAGAGAGCCUCUAUCAUGGGGGCUAGGAUUAUUAGGUUCUAGCUGGUGCAUGGAGGGGUGAAGAGACACACGUGACCCAUGAGCGAAGCAUACGUCACCACUCUCAUUCUCCUUUAGAGACCUCACCGGACCACCAUGGAAUCUUAGAGCUUACACUGGCCUAAAACCAGUCUCAGAACCAGUGUCUUUGCUGCUUUUCCGUAAUUAUAUCAUCAUAUAAACCGUGUGUAUUCUGAUAGUUUAAUGUCUAACAUUCAGUUUUAUUGUGUUAUUUAAUUUCUAGCGAUUAUCAUUGAUUGCACAGAUACUAUUUAAACUAAACUGAGCUAGACAAUGACAUCUCUGAAUUCAAUAAUGAAAUGCCUUUAACUGAAAAUUGAGUUUAAUCUUAUCGUUAUACAUUACUGACACUCUAUCCUCUAAUUUGAUACUGUUUUGACACAAACUGUAUUGUUAAAAGCGCUAUAUAA